GCAUUAAGUUUGUUAUCUUCAUGUUGCAAUCUGUGGACCAAAGUAACAUGGCUUCCUCAAGAAAGAAGCUGGAUGAAAAGCACCUUAGGAUUCUACGUGAAUUGGUAUCGUUACCUUCAAAUAAACAAUGCUUUGACUGUCACCAGCGGGGCCCAACAUAUAUUAAUAUGACUAUAGGUUCUUUCGUCUGUACUUCAUGUUCCGGUAUGCUGCGUGGUUUAACACCUCCACACAGAGUGAAGUCUAUAUCCAUGGCUAGUUUCAGUCCAGAAGAAGUUGAAUUAAUAAAAUCUCGAGGAAAUGAUUAUUGCAGACAAAUUUGGUUGGGGUUGUAUGAUGCCAAUGAUGCACAUGACACUAAAGAUGAGCAACAGAUAAAAGACUUCAUGAUAGCAAAGUAUGAAAAGAAGAGGUACUAUAUGGAGCCAUCAGUCGUUAAGAACGAUGGUUCUGCUGGGUUUUCACCAUCAGGAACUCAAACCAACUCCCAUACUGGCACACCUACACAUGUUGCUUCUGUUACUACUAGUACUGCUGUUACUACUCCAACUUCAGAUAUUAAGCCCUUGUCCAGUCUGCUUGGCUCACAAGUAAAGCCUCUCAACCUGAAUGUGCAGACUUCAGUCACAAAUUCAAGUGAAAACAUGUUUACACCUGACCGGCUCUCAAAUGAAUUCCUGGCAGAUUUUGGAUCACCAGAUCCUUUUAAUUCUUCUACUCAAUCAACAUCUCUAGCCUCACAACCUUCAUUUGCCAACUUUGAAAACAACCCCAUCUUUAAUUCAUCUAACAAUCAUAUGUUUGGCAUUGUGAUGAACAGUGAUAAUGUUCCGCCCAGAUAUAACAGCAAUCGAUGGAGUAUGCCAACAUCAGCAAUGCUUUCAACUAUGAGCAACUCAUUUUCAAGUCCAGCAAGGACAAUGAGUGGUUUGCAGCAGUCAUCACCAUUUUUGAGCACUCACCCUCCAGCCGAAGACCGUUAUGCAGCACUCAAGGAUUUGGACAGUUUGAUGAAGACACAACAGGCUUCUUCAGAACCACAAUUCAGUGAUUGGUCCACAGCUACUUCAACUGCUGCCACGUGGUCUGUUAAUGGUCCAACUACAUCCCAGGCUGGUUUUCUUAAUGUUCAUGCUGGAGGAUUUUCAGAUACUGCAAUUGGCAGUACAGUCAACCCAUUUACAGGCACAAUUGCUAACUCUUGGGUUUCUUCUGGGUCCAAUGGUAUACCUAAUAGUUCAAAUCCACCAUCUGGAUUUGGUGCAAAUCCAUUCAGGACAAGACCAGGUCAGCCUGGUUUUGGAAUGAAUUCUGAUGCAGGUGCUUUUGGAUGGGGCAAUGUGGGAGUCAGUGGAAUGCCCAAUGGACAGGUUCUGAAUGGAGGCCUUCCACCAUUUCACCCAACUGCAGCAGCUUUCCCAACUAGUCACUCCAUGAACUUCUCAACCAAGACAUGGCAUAAUAAUGCAGUAGGGAAUCCAUUUGUGCUUGGUGCUAGUCCUGCUUCAACUGGGCAUUCCAGUAAUCCUUUUUUAUGAAAGUGAAGUUUUAUCUGGUGAGUGCAUUGAGCAAUAUGCUGGUGAAUAUUCAAGUCUGAGGGAUCAUAUUAUUUUAACAUAUGCCCAGAAUAACACGCUUUCUUAAGUAAUUUGUAAUUUGUAAUUUAAUAUAUAAAUAUAAGUAUAUAUAUAGACUUCCAAUCCACUUGAAAGUUGAAGGCAUAUAAUGUAUUUUAUAAACAGAUUAAAUCUCAUGAUGAAAAAGAUGAAAUCUCAGUCAAAUACAAGCCGAAGCUGGAACAAAUUUAAUGUAGUAAAUACAUAUAUAUAUUAGUUUCAUGGCAAAGUUUUUUUUGAUAUUUAGCAUUCUUGUACAAACACUAUAUAUCAACUUAGUUGAUAGUAAAUGGUGGGGAAACCAUAACUAUUUAUUUCUAACAUUUCAGUUUACAUCAUAUGUAUGUAUGUUUAUAUAUAUAUAUAUAUAUUUGUAAAACUAAAUUUUCAUGUGGCAUGUGCAAACUUAGUUUUUAUGUAGAUACUGUGAAACGUUGCCGUUGUUUUCCACUUGUAGAUGGAAAUGCUGAUGAAUGUGUUUGCCGUGAUAACUGAAGGAUGAUGGUACAUAGGAACUGUAUGCUAAUGUUACAGAUCAAACUACUUUAGAUUCAUGCUAUAGAGCCAAAUGUAAAGUGUGAGGAAAGUAACAUAAAAGUCUAGUUCACAAUGAUCUUUUGUGCAGAACAGAAUUAUUUUAAUUUUAGCUAAUUUAAUCCUACCUUAACUAGACUAAUCAGACUAAGAUUUUUAUAAUUGUUCUCAUUUAUUUUAGGUUAAUGUCAGUGUAGUACCUUAAAACAGUUUGCAAACAUUUAUUCUCUGUAGCUCCCAAUUUCAUAAUUUAUAAUCAGCUUUGUAUCCCGUUUGAUGCUGAAUGCCUUCUGCAACAAAUCCAAGUAACUUAUAACUGUCACUUGUUAUAUUAAUUAUAAAUUAAUAUUUCUUUUACCCUCUGAAGCCAAAGCUGCACAUAUAAUAUUUAAUAAUUUAGUCCAUACCACAAAGCAAACACAACACUUCACCAUUACAAAGAUCAACUGGUUAAUACUGUUUAAGGAAAUAAUCACUUUUUACACUGAGAAUCUUACAAAACACAAUAAAAAUGGAGACUCACUAAUUGUUAAAACAGAUAAAAGACAGUUACCAUUAGGCUUUAAA